UACACGCCGCUGUCACAGGUGGCGCCAAUGAGUCGACGGUCAAAGUUUUGAAGAGCAUCAGAAGAAGAAGAAGAAGAAGUGUUGCUACUUGUGUUCACUUAUUGAAUGACAGUAACUUAGAGUUUACAGUUUUUACAGUUAGUUUCUCUGCUUGGGAACAACUUACCAUACUUCGGCGUAGAGUCGCAGAGUUUCGGACACCUGACUGGCUGCUUCGCCGUGAAAAAUGCGGGACCGAACUAAAGAAUUAGGAAAUAAGGCCGAGGCUUCAGAUGAGGACGAGGAGGGCAAAGCCUUGAUGAUCAAACCUGGAACCUCUUCAGCCAAAGAGGAAAAGGAGAAUGAUGCCUUCUUUAAAAAGGUGCAAGAAAUUCACGAGGGCCUGCACAAUCUCAGAAGGAUAGUGUCUGAGCUUGAGAACAAACAGAAAACUGUAAUGGGUGUGGCGCUGCCGGAGGAGAGUAUGAAGAAAGAGCUCCAGACUCUUCGAGAAGAGAUAAAAACAUUGGCAACUCAGAUCCAGAGAAAACUGAAAAGUAUCGAACCGAAAAAGGGAGAGGAGGAUGGAAAAUAUAUACCAAUAAAUGUUCGGAUGCAGCGGACACAGCACGGCGUCUUGUCCAAGGAGUUUGUGGAGUUGAUGGGUCACUGUAACACCAUCCAGGCCCAGUACAGAGACCGCAAUGUGGAGAGAAUACAGAGGCAACUCAAAAUCACCGGGACCAAUGUGACAGACGAAGAGCUGGAUACUAUGCUCGAGAGUGGGCAGACGGAUGUUUUCACUCAAAACAUCCUGAUUGAUGCUAAAGCUACAAGGCAGGCUCUGAACGAGAUUGAGUCCCGGCACGAUGAGAUCCUGAAGCUGGAGAGGAGCAUCAGAGACCUGCACGACAUGUUCCAGUACCUCGCCAUGGAGGUGGAGGCUCAGGGGGAGAUGGUCAACCAGAUUGAAGCCAACAUCAAACUGUCUUCAAACUACGUGGAGAAAGCAAAGGAAAACACAGCGCAAGCUGUAACAUAUCAGCAGAAAGCACGCAAGAAAAAGAUUUGGAUCGCGAUCUGUUUGGCCAUCCUCAUCCUCAUCCUAGUCAUCUCAUUGGUCUCCACCUUGGGCUAAUAACACCAGGCAGUGCGAGUUGGCUGUAGACUGGUUUGGCAGAAGCUCAUUCUGGGUUUCAUGUAAAUAAUUUCAGCCCACAGCAUGUAUGGGUGAAUUAAGUCAGUGGAUUUUGUGUUAUCGUCCCUCUGCAUUUCUUGUCCCAUUUUAUAUUCCUCUUCCUCUAACCUUCCUGUCGUCCUAACAGACUUUUGUUGGUGGUUUCUUUUUUUUAAAGAAGAGAUGUGCUUUCUGUUCUUUUAACUCACAAACGACUACAAUCUUGCCUGCAUUUCCACUUCCACUCAAGAGGUAGUGCUGCUGGUUUAUGGAAUCCCCCAGUCAGAUUCUGGUCUGCGACACAAAGACCAGGACAAUUUGUGAACUGUUACGUCAGUGCCCCUUCCCCCUCCUACAUAAAAGAAGAAAUAAGUAGCCUUGAACAAGGCAAUACAGUAUUGAAAUCCAACACUGGCGCUGAUCAUAUUGUACUCAGGAAAACUGUGUUGAUUCUUGUUACGUUGUUGUUUCUGGAUGAAUUGGAGACAUAAAUAACAAUUGUAAUGGAGUAGGGCUUUCUUUUAUAGGCAUAUAGAGUAAAUAGACUAAUAUAAUUGUACAUAACCUAUAUUGCUGGUGAUUAAGACAUUCUUUAUGCAGAUGAUUUUUAAAACUUGAAAGUUGUUUCAAACUGCCUACAUGUAACAAGUGUAAAUACAGAUUUUUUUUUUUGUGAAAUAACAGCCCCCCCCCCCCAACUUCUAUUUCACGAAGGUGUCUCAGCACUGCAGUGAAAGGCCCAAGGCCCACUUUUAUUUGUCCUACCAGUUUGUAUUUAUGAUUUGAACAUUGUUGUAAGCUGCUACGCGAAAGUUUCUGCAUCAACACAUAAUGAAAUCUUUUCUUUCAGAACUGUGCCUUCUUGUCCAUGUGAACAGCUCAAGUAGAGAAUGUGAUUUUGUGCACUAACAUUGUCAAGAAGGGAUGGAUUGAGUUUUUAUUGUUUUAUAUACGUUGGAAUUCACACAGUGUUUCAGCUGCGAGUCUUCGUGACUUAGCCUGACACACAUUCUCAUAUUAAAUGUCUUAUUUUUAAGUCACCUGUUUGUCACAUUGUGCAAAGUCUCCAUUUGUCUUGCUAGUUUAGUAACUUAAGUUUAAUUCUGCGGGGAAAUCUGGAUAACCCGGGGAGAAAAAAAACCAUGUACAGAGACAAACACUAGCUGCUGUGCACCACAAUGAUAAAUAUGUAAAGGAAAAAUAAACCAAAACUGUUUGUUAAAA